AUGAUAGGCGUUAUGCAGAGUGCCGAAUUGGUUGAUCUUGACGAACAAUCACCAACAUAUUGCGAGGCAGCCAUUCGACAACAAUUCACCUCCACUAGUGCUUUUCAUCCUGAUGGCUCUACUGCCAGCCCAGUGACAGUCGAGGAGUCUGUUUGUGCUGUAUGUGGUUACGAAAUUAAGGACCAGUUCGUUCUGAAGGUUAUCAUUUCUUCAUUUUCUAUCGCUUUCAAUAGAUCCGGGAACCCAGCAAUCCUUGGGCUUCAAGUGAUGUCCGACUCCUUUCACGAAUGCUGCCUACGUUGUGUAGCAUGUAAUCAGAAUCUGUCCAACAGCCCCACAUGCUUUUCAAAGGAUGGUCGGCUCUACUGCCGAGAAGAUCAUUCAAUGUACGUUCAAGUUUACAUUUUCAUA